AUGCCACUGUCAAGUGAUGCACGCGAUGACGAUCGGGAAGUUGCAUUUCGCUUUCGGUGGCUGUGCGGUGGCUCUGCGAGCCGCCCAUCAAUCGCGCCGCCUAUGACGCCGCCGCCGGGGUGCUGCCACUCGCUCGUGAGCUACCAAGACCGCUAUCUUAUAUUGUUCGGCGGUGGAUCGCUAGCGCACUUCGCGAAUGACGUGUACGUGUACGACAUGGACAGUCGCCGCUGGUCGCGAAAGGCCCCUGAAAACAGUGACAUGGUGCCACCACGACUGGCCCACUCUUCCGCCAUCCAUGGGGACAAGAUGAUCGUGUAUGGCGGGCAGGACCUGUGCAGCCCUGUCGUGUAUGAUGACGUCCUCGAGCUCGAUCUUGUCACGUGGAGGUGGUCAGUGCUGCAGCACGCCCAGGCAAGUCCGGAAGGCCCUGGUGCGCGUCGUCUUCACAACGCGCACGUUGUAGGUGGUCGCAUGUAUGUGCUUAUGGGCACUCCAACGGCGCCAAGAGAGGCUCCGCUGUGGUAUCUGGACCUGCAUACGAAUGUGUGGCACCAUCUGAAACCGACCAUAUCCCACAGCGGUGAUACAGCCGCCGAGCCAGCCACCAUGCCUUCCUUGUGCGGCUGCAGCUCUGCGGUGUCAGGGGACUGCAUCUACCUCUUCGGCGGGUAUCGUGCUGAGGACGGCGAGAGAAGCCCCUUUCCUCAACGCGAGUACGUGAACUCCCUCUUCCAGUACAACAUGAGGUUCAACACGUGGCUUCCCGUGAGGUUGCACCCCCUCACGCCACGCCCAGCUGCCCGGUACGCCGCUUCACUGGCUGUGCACGACGGCUACGUGUACCUCUUCGGCGGAGACGCGAAUCAGUCAGACGUGUCCGUGUACUUUAGCGAUCUCUGGCGUAUCGGUGUCCACGACGAGCUGGCGACCUGGUGCAAGGUGAAUGUCGCUGGCGCGUUGUACCCCUCCUCUCGCAGCGGCUGUGCGUACACGGGCGCCAGAUCAUCGUUCUUCAUUUUCGGCGGCGAGCUCCCCGUUGGCGACCUCACCAUUCCUUGGUUCUACGCUGCUGACCUCUUCCAACUUCCGCUCGGCUACUCUGGCCAGCUCACGCUGCGUGCCACUGCGGCGCGGUGGCUUGGGGCCGCUGCCGGGCAGUGCCGCGAGACGUUUUCACUUCUUUCGCUACCAGAAGAGAUCCCGUUGACCUUGGGGGCGCGGUGUGCCCUCGAGGAGUACUCUGAGGACUGA